GCAACAUGCUUGCAACUGUGAGUGCUUUCCAAGGUAUAUUCCUUAUUGUCCUCUCUGUGUUUGCACCUCAGAAGGGAGAAGCUUGUGAUUCAUCGGCAUGCUGUUGCGUUGACAGCGCUACUGUCACGCAGUCGGGCAACGCACUCUCAGUACAGGUCAGGCAGUCUGGUGCCGCAUCCUGCCCUUCAACAGCGACGGUGUCCUGUACUGUUCGCAGCAAGACGGUGUGUACGGAUAGGGAUGACGAUCCCUCUUUUGCUGUUUACAAAAGCGGCAAGAUUGCCUACGUUAUCAGAGACCUCGACAACGACGCCUGUGACGGUCGAUUAAGCUGUCAGUCGGGAGCAUGCGACUCUGUCUCUUUGGGUUGGGCGGGAGAGUACACGAAAACGACACAAACCCCAACCACGAAUCUUCGCUGCGAUCCAACGCAAUGCUGUUGUGCGAAAUCAGCCUCUGCGACUAGCAGCGGCUCGGAUGUCACGCUAACUGUUACUCCGACAACAGGCGCCACUGGAUGUCCGAACGGUAACAGCGAUUUCGACGUAGCCUGCAAGGUACAAGGUGAUCUGUACAUGACUUGUGGCGAUAUUAACAGCGGUUAUCUAAUAAGAAAAGAGAACGCUAACAAAGCUAAACACUACGUGUUUCACCACAACGCCGCCUGCAACGCCGCGUACGAGUGCACAGCGUCAAGCUGCAUGAUUUCCGGAGACUUUGACGGACAGUACACAUCUAUAGAUAAUACACAUGUCGCAACUACGAACGCACCAAAGGCUACUGCAGCACCAAACAAGGCUACUGCAGCACCAAACAAGGCUACUGCAGCACCAAACAAGGCUACUGCAGCACCAAACAAGGCUACUGCUGCACCAAACAAGGCUAGUGCAGCUCCGAAGAACACCAAAAGCUCUGUAACGGCAAAACCGACCCAAGGAAAGAACAACAACAGCGGAAGCGGUGUUGGCCUCGACACUGCGUCUGUAGUUGUUAUCACAGCCGGUAUUCUCUUAUGUGUUGUGUGGUGAUGGUUUACUCACUAGACAUGUAUUGGCAAGAACAGAUGAGUAGUUUGUAAUUGCAUGAAUGGUUGUUGGCCAGUGCAUGAGUCCUCUAGUUGCUUGCUACAUGCACAUCUAAUUAGAAAGCUGUCAUUUUCGUUGCAAGUCUUGCUUACUGAUUCAGUUACGUUUAUGAUUAGUAUUAUGCUUUUCAU